AUGGCUCCCGUCACGUUCCAUGAGACCACCAUUGGAACUUUCUCCAAGAUCCUGGCCGUCCUCCUUCGCAUCCUAGAUGCGGCAUCACCCCACCCCGAUGUCGAUAGUUUCCUGGACCUGCGCCUUACACCGGACAUGCUGCCGCUCGGGGCCCAGGCCCGAAUCGUCACGGUGGCGCCUAUCAAUCUCGUCGAGCGCCUGACGGGCAAGCAACUCGUGACUUGGAACGAGAAACGCACCAUGUGGGGCGAGCAGGAGAAGGUCUGGUCGGAGCUGAUAGCAAGGGUCAAAAUGACGCUGGAAAUCCUCAAGGCGGUAGACCUUGUCGAGGUCGAGGCCAAGGCCGACAAAACUAAGCUCAGCCUGAUCGUCGGCCCGGAAGAUGCCGGCGCGUCAUCCUUCAUGGAAGUCCCAGCAAUCGACUGCAUGCUGGCUAAUGGACUGCCGAAUACUUACUUCCACCUCUAUAUGGUUUACUCACUGCUGCGGUCCAACGGAGUAGACAUCGGCAAGAGGGAUGUGUUGAUACCCUUUCUUCCCAGUUAUAUCCUAGAAGGGUACCAAGAGCCUUAA